UUUCAUCCCUCCGACCUUGUCAUGAACAACAGCUACACACACUUCCGUCUGGGGGGGGAGUCAGAAAACAAGUUAAAAGUCGUUUUGGGCAGAACAUAAAAGUUUUUUUUCUAGAGCGAAGGAACACCAUCGUUGUGCGCAUGUGCAUACCAGAGCGUGGUACACCUGUUGAAGCCACUUAUAAUCAGGUAAUUGCAGCUCGCGCGGCCGUAGAGCAGCAGCUGCGGGUCGUUUUCAGGCUGUAUUACAGAAGUAUAACUGCACACAGACCUGCUGAAGACUAAUAAUAACAAGUGUAUCACAUUAUUUGAGUUAUUACUCAUCAGUAGCGCUCACCUGACGGAGCUUUCAGUCAUGAAUCCUCAAACCAACAGAGACGAUACACACCCGCCAGGGCACUACAUGCCCCAGUCCACAUCAGGAGGAGGAGGAGGUUUGUACCUGGAUGCCUACGAAGUCUCUUUCCCUCUGGAUGAAAGUAAUGAGAGGCCUCCUGUAUAUCAGCAUAUUGACGAGCCCGUGGUGCAGGAGCCUCCUCACUCCCAGUACAGCCCUUUCAUCCUGGUGUCGAACCUGCGAGCGCACCUGUACGUCACUCUGGAGAAGAACGCCUGGCUGCAGAAGCGCAUCGAGGAGCUGGAGGAGGAACGCAACUUCCUGCGCUGUCAGCUGGACCGCUUCAUCGUGAGCAUGAGGGGCCCGGAGGUGACAGAGUGGUGUGGAGACUCCCAGCGUGGUGUGAAGGUCCAGCCUGCCAGCUCUCCCUCUCCUCCCUCCCCCAUGACGACCAGGUCUGGGAUGACCCUCAAACGCCUGCAGGGACCAGGACCUCGGACCCGUCGCAGCACUGCCGUCCCUGUGAAGCAGGAGUUUCACCUGGAGGAGGAUAAAUACUACACCGAGGACGAGUACGUGGAGGAAGAGGAGGAGGAGGAGGAAGACGACGAUUCGUCUGUGGAGCAGGGCUCAAAGAAGAAGGGCCGAGGGCGAGACAGCGGAGAGCCGAGGAUGAAGAUGAGGAGGAUCUUCAGGAUCACCCACGGGAGGGAGAGACAGAGAGUUAAAGACCCAGAGGGGGUUUUGAUUCGUUAUAAGAAGAUCCUGACGACCUACCAGCGGGUGAGGAGCAUGUCCCGAGCCUUCCAGAUUCACGGAGUGGACAGAAACACCAUGGCCUCCACCUCCCCCAUCGCAGAGCUGCUGCUGGUGGCUGAAGAGAAGAUGGUGGAGGUCGGGGAGUUUGAGGCGUCGAAGGAGAAGCUUCUGGAUUACGCCCGACGGUGCUACAAGACCAUGGACGAGGCGACGCACGCCAAGGUCCAGAGCAUGAAGAAGACUCACAAGCUGCUGCCGAUCUCCUACAGGUUCAGAAACUGACCAACAGGAAGGACGAGGAAGGGUACAGGCUGGAAGAGACAGCAGGUUUAUAUUUAUUUUUGUUUUGCACUUUCUGCACCUUACAGUAAGAAGAGGAAAUUUGGGGAUGUGAAGAUUAGGCGCCACAUUACAGGAUCCAUUUAGUUUGACAACAGUUUCUACCAAAAUGCAGAUUCAUUUAUAUUUGUGAUUUUUAGUUGUUGUGCAGCUGUUAUGGUGGGCAGGAUUUAUUGUUUCUGUAUUUCAGUUGUAUUGAAGAUUGUGAUUUUCAUUGGAGGUUGAAGUUACAUGAAGUUACUUUUUGCUUUACCUCAGGAAUUAACUGAAGUUAUACAUUAGUUAGAAGACACAGUCUAUUGUGAAUUAUAGGCCUUGAAAACAUUUCAAAGUGUACCGACUGAUUUUUGAAUGACUGCAAACAUUUCAUAGAGCAAGUAUCAAUGCAAAUGUGUCAAAGAUUGUUGAAAAGUUUGCUCUAUUUAAGGACCCCAGAUGAUUGUUUACUAAAAUGACUGGCCUUCACUAUUUGUUUUGUAUAAAAAAUAGAGAAAUAUUUAUUUGCUUUAUUUAUUUUUGACGCAGCAUUUUGAAGUGUAUAAACAAUUAUUUUUUUCUAAAAUAUGUACAUUUAAUCUGUAU